CCCCGCGGAGCCCCGCGAUGCUCCGCUGCCGCCUUCCCCUGCUCGGGCCCCGGCUGCUGCUGCUGCUGCUGCUGCUGCUGCUGCAGAUGACGUGUGCUGGGGGCCACAUCUCCAAGACCUUGGGCUACCUGGAGCUGGGCACCUCCGGCCUCCUCAAGGACGUCUCCUACGGCACCUUGAAGCCGCCGCCGCUGGAGCCGGGGCGGCUGAUCCCAGCCGCAGCCCCUCGGGCCGCGGGGUCGCCGUCGGGAGCCUCCCGGGGCCCCUGGGACUGGCAGAAGAACCAGACGGCGGGGGAGCUGCUGAGCCCCCGCCCCCGGCGCAAACCCGCCCUCAAAUCCGGCCGCGCCAAGAAGAUCUUCGGUUGGGGCGACUUUUACUUCAACAUCAAGACUCUCAAGUUCAGCCUCCUGGUGACGGGGAAGAUCGUCGACCACAUCAACGGCACCUUCAGCGUCUAUUUCCGACACAACUCCUCCAGCCUGGGCAACGUCUCGGUCAGCAUCGUGCCCCCGUCCAAGGCCGUGGGUUUCGAGCUGCUGCUGCCGGCUCGUCUCCCUCUGCCCGCCCCCGGCAGCCCCCUGCAGCAGAGCACGUUGCCCGAGGGUGUCCCCGGGAAGGGCCUCAACUGCCACGUGGAGUACGAGAAAACCAACCGGGCGAGGAAGAACAAACCGUGUCUGUACGACCCGUCCAAGGUGUGUUUCACGGAGCACACGCAGAGCCACGCCGCCUGGCUCUGUGCCAAGCCCUUCAAGGUCAUCUGCAUCUUCAUCUCCUUCCUCAGCAUCGACUACAAGCUGGUGCAAAAAGUCUGUCCCGACUACAACUUCCAGCACGACAACCCCUACUUCGGCUGAGGGCAGCAGAGAGAG